AUGCGCAUCUUCUCUCGAGUUGGCUUUCCACCGCUGAAGAACUUCCUCUUUCUCGGAGGUAAAGGACCAACCACCUUUUUAUUAACCUUUCUAACAAAUUUUCGUAGAUUACGUCGACCGCGGCCGUCAAAGCAUCGAGACAGCUGUCCUGCUUCUGGCCUACAAGACAAGAUAUCCGGCAAAUUUCUUCCUGUUGCGCGGCAACCAUGAAUGUAG